CUAAUUAAACACAUUAGCACGAAUAACUAACUUUUAGAAUACACUAUAUUUUCCCGGUGUUCCAAACCUCGAUUGAUAUACUGUUGGCUCUUUGGGCAAGUUGGCCUCAAAUCAUGGGCAGUUUGAAGUGCUUUGCUCUUGUUGCUUUACUCAUUUCAACCUUAGUAAUGGUGUCUGAAAGUCGAGUGGCAAGAAAGGACCUGGGCUUGGACCUUGGUGGCGGUGGAAUUGGUCUUGGUACAGGGGUAGGCAUUGGACUCGGAGGUGGAAGUGGUGCAGGCUCGGGCUCAGGCUCAGGCUCUGGUUCUGGGUCGGGCUCAGGGUCAGGUUCAGCCUCUUCCUCGGGAUCAAGUUCUGGGUCAGGCUCUUCUGGCGCUGGGUCCGAAGCAGGCUCAUAUGCUGGAUCUUACGCUGGGUCAAGAGCCGGAUCAAGACCAAGACCAGGAGGCAAUAAAGGUUCAGGCUCUGGUUCUGGACAUGGUGAAGGUUAUGGCGAGGGUUCUGGCAGAGGAAGUGGUUCCGGUGAAGGUUCUGGUUCUGGUGAAGGUCAUGGUUAUGGCUCAGGAUCUGGGAGCGGAAACGGAAAAUAAAGUCGUCCCCUAUCUUAA